CCAAGGGAGUCUAAGGGCAUCGUCAGAACAGCAGCUUCAUCUGUCAACAGUGAGCAUGCUCAGUCCAUGGAGCAGACUCAGUAACAACGAGAGAACAAAAAUCUCAUAGGUAGAAUCUCGGAGUGGUGAGUAGAGCCGAGAGAAAAGGUGAAAUGGCAGAAGAGAAGGAGGAACAGGCUGCAGGGAAAAUGCCUCGAGCUGAAGUGUAUUUGAAGACAGAUGACAAACUGAUCCUCUAUCAUUGGACUCAGUCCUUCAGCUCCCAAAAGGUGCGUUUGGUGAUUGCUGAAAAGGGACUGAAAUGCGAAGAGCAUGAUGUAAGCCUUCCACUGAGUGAACACAACGAGCCUUGGUUUAUGCGUUUAAAUGCAUCUGGAGAAGUCCCUGUACUCAUCCACAGAGAAAACAUAAUUUGUGAUGCAACUCAGAUUGUCGACUAUCUUGAAGAAGCUUUCGUGAAUGAAAAAAUUCCAAGGCUGAUUCCAGAAGAAGGAAGCAUGUACUAUCCCAGGGUUCAACACUACAGAGAGCUCCUGGAUUCUUUGCCAAUGGAUGCCUAUACACAUGGCUGCAUUCUACAUCCUGAAUUAGCUGUAGAUUCUAUGAUCCCAGCUUACGCCACAACUAGAAUUCGUAGCCAAAUAGGCAAUACUGAGUCUGAACUAAAGAAACUUGCAGAAGAAAACCCAGAUCUUCAAGAUGCCUAUAUAGCGAAGCAGAAACGUCUUAAAUCUAAACUGAUGGAUCAUGAUAACAUAAAGUAUUUACAGAAAAUAUUGGAUGAGCUGGAAAAAGUUUUGGAUCAAGUUGAGACUGAGCUGCAAAGAAGGAAUGAAGAGACUCCAGAAAAUGGACACCAGCCUUGGCUCUGUGGUGAGUUUUUCAGCUUGGCCGAUGUAUCCCUUGCUGUUACAUUGCAUCGACUGAAGUUCAUUGGACUGGCAAGGAGAAACUGGGGGAAUGGAAAGCGGCCUAACUUGGAAGCCUAUUAUGAGCGUGUCUUGAAGAGAAAAGCAUUCCACAAGGUUUUAGGACAUGUCAACAACAUAUUAAUCUCUGCAGUUCUUCCAACUGCAUUUCGAGUGGCCAAGAAGAGGGCACCAAGGAUUUUUGGCACCACUCUUUUGGUUGGCUUCUUAGCCGGAAUCGGGUAUUUUGCUUUGGUGUGUCUCCGGAGGAGGUUUCCCAAUGUGCUGUCAUCCAUUAGAGCAAGACAAAGUUAUCUGUAGAUGUUUCUUGCCAAACUGUGAAAGGACCACCAAUUACACCAAGGAUUUAAUGGGCCACAACAUUGUUAUACAUAUAUUAGUACAGGGGUUGCCAACAUGGCACCCUCCAGGUGUGGUUGGACUACAACCCUCACCAGCCAACUCUCAUGGCCAUUAGUAAGGGAUGAUGAGAGUUGUAGUCCAGCCAGAUCAGAGGGCACCAUAUUGGCUACCCCAUAUGAGUAGAUUUCUGCUGUCACACAGGUACUUAUAGAAAUGAAAUCUUGAAGAAAAA